CCGAAAAAAAAAAUGUACUACUCGGUCUCCGGCUUUCUAUAGUCACAGAAAGGGGUAAAGGCAGAGAAAGAGAGAGGGAUUCGACACAAGAUGGAAUGAUGUGACAAAACGGUCUCUUGUGGAUGAUUUAGGGUGUAUUUGAGCCGUUAUGGUGGCACGACCGAGUUUUGUUUCGGUCUGGGAUUGAUUUUUUUUUGUGAAUGGGGAUUUUGCUGCAGGCCUCGGACAUCUGAUUCAUUUUCAUCAUCUGAUUCGUUUACUGUUUUUAUUUGUGUAUUCGCGAGAUGAAGAGGGUGAAUAGUUUCCAGAGGUUUAUGAACACUCGGGCGGCUGCAAACUGCCGUUACCAGCCCACAUGCUACGAACACGCGGCCAACUGCUACACCCAUGCGUUCCUUAUCGUGCCGGCAUUUGUGGGAAUGGCCCUGUUACACCGGCUGUCAGAUGACCGCUGGGAGCGGAUCACAGCCUGGGUCUACGGCAUGGGCCUGAUCGCACUGUUCCUCGUCUCCACUGUCUUUCACAUAAUUUCCUGGAAAAAGAGCCACAUGAGGACCAUGGAGCACUGCUUCCACAUGUGUGAUAGGGUCGUCAUAUACUUCUUCAUUGCUGCCUCUUAUACACCAUGGCUCAAUCUCCGGGAGCUCGGGCCGCUCGCUUCUCACAUGCGCUGGUUUGUUUGGUUGAUGGCGGCAGCCGGGACCAUCUAUGUGUUUAACUACCACGAAAAGUAUAAGUUAGUGGAGUUGGCGUUUUACUUGACCAUGGGCUUCUUUCCUGCUCUGGUAGUGACAUCAAUGAGUAACACAGACGGGCUGUACGAGCUGGCGUUCGGAGGCUUCGUCUACUGCCUGGGUGUCGUCUUCUUCAAAUCUGAUGGCGUAAUUCCUUUCGCUCACGCCAUCUGGCACGUGUUCGUGGCGCUGGCAGCCGCCAUCCACUACUACGCCAUCUGGAAGUACCUGUACCGCAGCCCCGCUCUGGAGGACAUCAGGGAUGUUUGAGCACCUCCAGCCCGAGCUCUUCCUCAUCACUGUUGACAUCUCUCUCUCUCUUGGCUUUAUCACCAAAACACCAUGAUCGUCUCGUCCGGAUGCUCCGAACACCAUCGUUUACCAGUACGACCAUGCAAUGUUUACGGUUUUCUAACCAACUUGGAUCAGCGAAGUGUGCGUGUGUGUGUGUCGCAGUAUUGCCACAGCUGCAACAACACGGCAAUGCCAUGUUCGUCAGUAUUAUGUAAAUAUAUUCCACUGAAAGCAGAUGAAUUGUGUCUGAUAUGUAAUGAUUUUUCUGUGCAUUCUGACACACACGCACACACUCUGUAGUUGUUUCAUAUCAUCUGUAGUGAAUUAGUUUGCUUUAUUCUUGCAACUUUCUGUAUCAGAUCUAUUUUUGCAUCUCAACUUACUUCAGACGUACAGCUAGUUGUUUUCUACAAAGUGCUGGUGGUUUUCUACGCUCUUGCCGUGUUUCUGCUCUUUCAGCAGGAUUUGAAAGUGCUGCACGGAGCUUUUUUUCUAUGCGGCACUUUUCUAACAGGAAGAACCACUUGUGUUUGAUAUUCCGUCACAUCUGAAAUAUUGUUGCUGAGAGGCUGAUGGGAUGAUGGCGGAUAGAAACGCUGCCGAGCACAACCAGGUCUACUAUGCUAUAGGAUGUUUAUUUCACCGCCUGAACUUCCUUAAAGACAUGGUUUCGAUUCCUGCUGGUUAUGACUUGAAGAUAGAAUGACAUCCAGUAUCUGUUAUGAUGAAUCUGACAAAAACAGGUCAUAUUUUACCCCAAAAUCAAAAGAAACUUGAGCCUAAUAUUUUCAAUUAUAUCGGUAUCAGCCGAUAAAGCAAAUUUUCACACUAUCGGCCAAUAGUUUAAAAACAGCCAAUAGUCAGGGCCGAUAUAUCCUGUCAAUCAAAAGAUGGCAGGCAAAAUUCACUAAAUUUGUGCUUUGUGUGAAGAAAAUGCUAAUAAACCAGUUUGAUGUUCAAAAUUAAUAGUAAUUAUAUGAAUUAAUAACAUUCAGAAAGUUAAGAAAUAUUAAUUUAAUCUUCCAAAUUUAGUUAAUGUGUGUUAAUAUUAAUUUGAGUAAUGUGUUUGUUUAUAACUGAUACCAGUUACUCUGAAACAAGUUGAUGAAAUGGAGAGAAUAAGGUUUUUAUUUGCAUUUCUUUCAAAAUAUAAUAAUUAAAAAUAUAAUGAUUAAUUAUUAAUUAUAAUGAAAUUAUCAUUAAUUUAAAAGAAGGUAUAAAAGGCAGAACCCCCAAACUAUCGGUAUCGGCAGAUAUCACAUUGAAUAAUCUGCUAUCGGUAUCGGUGGAGAAAUUUAGUAUCGGUGCAUCUCUUUUUAUAUAUAUAUAUAUAUAAGAUCGGAAAUAUGCUUAAUUGUCAUGAAACUGUGAAAUAUGACUGUUUUUGGCAAGUUUCGUGAGAUUCACUUGUUAACCGUAUAUGAGAUUGAGAUAUCGACAGAUGGUCAUCGUCCCAUCAUGCACAAUAAACUACCUAUAUUCAGAGACUAGAGUGAGUUUCAGAGGAUCAUGGGAAAUCGUGUUCUUUAGUAGGCAUCAUCAUCAUUCCAAGGACCCUCGUUGGUUUCUGAAGCGUUUCUGCAGAAGACGCUGUGACACUGUGAAUGCGUUCGGCUGCGCUCUUUAAAAGUCGCUGUUCAGUUGACUUUGCAGUUCUGUUACAGCACUGAUCUGUUGGGAUUCAGGAAACGCUGCGAUCCACUGGGUGGAAACUCAGAUGUUUUUAAAAAGUGCUAAACCCCGAGGUCUGGAUCGCAGCUAUCUCGCAUAUUUAAGUGUUUUGCUCAACAGCUUUUGUUUUGUAAUAUUAUCACUGAGGUUGAUAACACAUGCUUAUUCUUCAGGUGCGUUCCCGUCAUGUUGGAAUAUUCAGUUAGACCUACCAGUUUGACUAGUACAACCAUUCAUGUCUUUUUUAAAUCCGUAAUUACAGGAUGGAUUUUUAAAUAAAAAAAAUAAAAGUAGCAUAGAGGUGAAUUAAUGUUUUAGUAUUUUGACUUUUGUAAUCCUGACAUGACGAGAACGCAGCAUUUCAUUGUUAUGAUUUGGGGUGUUUGGUGAGAUGUGUUCGGACUGCAUGAACAGAGUCAUUUUGACCAGCUCUUGUACUCUGGGACAGACUUUUGUAAAAUCUUUCUACAUCCUGUUUUGGCACAUGAUUCAGCACUGGCCUUUUCAAAUCUAAAUAUGAAACGUCUUCUAAUGCUUCUGAUGUUCUCAUCAUACAUCAUUCUGGUGUUUUGGUGGUGGUGUUACUAUAAAGACUAAAUGUGUCCAAUACUGAAAAAGUUUCUAAAGUGUUAAUAAAUGAAAGCAGUAACAACAA